UUUUUCUCUAAGAUGAAUGAACUUCUAGGAUUGUCGGAUGCCUCAACGCUCAAACACGUGCAUGGCGUAGGCGCUGACUCCUCCAAAAUGCGGGAUGAUGACUCCAAUCCGUCUACUCCUCCACCACCCAAGAAGUCCAGAGCCAGGAACGCUAGGAUUACCCAUCCGGAAUCAAUAUCCCGUUUAAUUGAAAUUGAAAUGGACCGUUCAUCGAUAGACCAGGAAUUCUUAAAGGAAAUAAGAGCCAGUAAUGCUGCUAGUUUAACGAAAACUGAGGCUUUCGUAUCAGCGUCGAAGGCCUUCGAAAAACUAGCUAAUGGGAUGUUAAACAAAUUCCAAAAUAUGCAAGGCGUUGUUUCUUCAGAAAUGAGCGUAAUACAUCAGUCAGAAGAGGUCGACUAAUGGCAGAACACAUUAAAGAAGAUGAAUUGUGAACGAAUGAACCUCAAAACUUGUCAGAGUGCACUACCACCCCGUUUCCUUUUGUAAUCCACAUUUCCAAAGAAUUAACCAUUGUUUUAUUUCGGUUAUAUCCUCAACUUGUACCUGAUCUCAUUGUGCAGCAGUAAAUAAAUCUUUUUUUUUUGUUACCAUGGGAUCUAACGGUUUAUGUUUCUGUGUGUCAAGCACAAUGUUGUUUAUGUCCAUGUAUUAAACCAUAAAAAUUCGUGUGUUGAAACCAAACAAAAUGAAAUGAAUAGGCAAAUACGAAAGCUCUUUCAAAUAU